AUGAUGCACCGACUCGGAGCGCUCACAGCCUUGACGGGGAUCAUGUCCAUGUCUUCACCAGGAGCCCCUGGACAAUCGAGCAGUGAUCUAAGGCUGGUAGCCGACACAGGCGCCACGCGGAGGAGAUGGGAGGGAAGACAGGGGCGCGCUCUCCUGCAACAGCUACGGUCGGAGGCUGCAGCGGCUGGCUCGGAGGAGUCACCGAAGCCGACGGAGAGCAGCACCACGGGAGGCGCCGCGGUUGACGACAGUGAAGGGGAGGGGGGGCCUAUCAAGCGGGGCCUCCGUCGGGUGGCACGGUUCUUCGGCGCUGGCAAGAAGAUGCCCAACAUCAAGGAGCUCGGGCUGUACGCUCUCCUGAGCUACGGGUUCGUGAGCAACGCUUCCUACGCCAUCUGCGUGGGGCUGGCCUGGUUCGCAUCUUCCAAGAAGACAGGUCUAUCACCGCUUUCACCGGGACAGUGGCAAGUCUUCCUCGUCAGCUACGCCACACUCUGGGCCAUUAACAACGUUCUCAGAGUGCCCCGGUUCGCGCUGUCCGUGAGCCUGGCCCCAGCGUUCGACCGCUUCAUCGAGUUCCUGAUGAAGAAGACCGGGAGAGGGAAGGGCGUCGCGACGGGACUCUGCGUCUUCUUGGUCAACUUCCUCGGCACGUUCGCGUUGCUGUCCACCGGAAUCCUCCUCGCCUCCAUGUUCUCGGGCGUCCCGUUCUGGCCAGCCGCAGCUGCUGCGUAAAUAGCCAAGGCACGAGACACCAAACCGCCCAACCAGGCAAACACCAAUUCUUGGAGUGGGCACCAAAAUAAGAACACCCGCUAGUUUCGG